AGCUGAAUAAUAAUUAUUCUUUAGAACAACACAUUGGUACCAGAGAACUAUCACUCUUAAAUCAAGAAAAAGUGGAAACUAUGAUGUUACUAAAGAGAUUCUAGAUGGGAUGCCUGAGAUUAGUAAUAUAAAAAUUGGACUUUGAAAUCUUUUCAUACUUCAUACUUCUGCAUCCCUUUGAAUUAUGGAAAACUGGGAUGAUGCAGUCAAGACAGAUAUGGAGGCAUUUCUAGACAAGAUCGCUCCAAUGGAUGGCAAAUAUGAACAUAGUUGCGAAGGUCCAGAUGACAUGCCAGCUCAUAUAAAGACAGCAAUCAUUGGUCCUAGCCACUCAAUUCCCAUUGCAGAUGGAAGCCUCAAACUGGGCACAUGGCAAGGAAUCUGGCUGAACGAGCACCGCACUUCCAAAAUGACCCGCAAUGUCUGCGUUACAGUCCAAGGCACCACCUCAUAGAAAUCCCCUUCCAAAAAUUCCAAAAUUCCAAGAUUCAACAUUUC